ACAAAAACCAACAAUCAAAAUGUUCAAAUACUUCGCACUCGUUUUCGUCGCCCUCUUCGCCUUCGCCGCGGCCGAGCCCAAGCCUGCUGUGGUAGCAGCACCAUUGGCCUACUCAGCUCCAUUGGUCGCCUCCCCCUACGCCGCUGCCUAUGCUGCCCCAUAUGCCGCUUACGCCGCCGCUCCUUAUGCCGCCUACGCUUCACCCUACGCCGCCUACUCCGCUUACCCAUACAGUGCCGCCUAUGUGCUCCGCAAGUAAACGGAAUGUGGCAAAAGAUACCGUAAUUUAAGGAUAAAAAAUUGAAAAAAUAAGGCA